AUGCCAGAAGGCGCUUGGGAUAGCCAUAUGCAUGUGACAUCUCCGGAAUACCCUCUAGCAAAAUCCGCUGCAUACAAGCCAUCCUUGCACAGUCUAGACCAUGCUAUGGCCUUCGAAAAGAAAAUUGGUAUCAAGAACAUUGUGCUUGUCCAGCCAUCCAUUUACGGAAACGACAACUCAUGCCUCCUAGAUGCGCUGAAGGAGAUCGGAACUGCACGUGGUCGAGGCGUGGUGGCCUUUGAUCCUGACGACACUGACGGCAGAACAUUGUGGGAGUGGCACCAACUGGGUGUUCGUGGCGUUAGACUCAACUUCAAAUCGACGAACGAAUCAUUUGAUCCGGACACCGUCAAGAAGACUCUGUGCAAGUACGCGGCUGCCGUGUAUCCGCUCGAAUGGGUGAUUGAGCUGUUCAUCGAUCUCGAGCAACUUCGCCUCCUGUCCGACAUUAUACCUCAGCUUGGAGUCAAAGUCUGCAUUGCUCAUUUCGGCGCUCCGGAUAUGAGAAGAUGGGAGUCACAUCCCUCAGAUGCGUCGAAAGUUCCUGGCAUGCAGCAUCUUACGGCGCUCUUGUCACAAACUGACCAAACCUGGGUCAAGCUUUCAGGCCACUAUCGCUAUGAUCCUUUAGCUGAUAGUAUGGCCGGUACUGAAGCGAUAGCCAAGUUGUUGUUAAAGACCGCGAGACACAGAAUGGUCUUUGCGUCAGAUUGGCCGCACACACGCUUCGAGGGCUUGGACGUGAAGCCCUUCGUUUCCAGAUGUCUCGAUUGGGCAGAAGAGUUCGAUGCAAAGGACUUGGUGUUCCGUGAGAACGCAGAGGAGCUGUGGGACGAUAGCUCGGAUUGGGUUGCUGAGAUGAUUGGUGAGCCAGGUCAAUAUUAG